UUUUUUUUCGUUUGCCCUGUUAUCAUGGUUUGGUUCGCGAUAUUGAUAUUGCUGCUGUAGUAUUCCGUCGAAAACAUACAAAACUCCUACGGCCACAACGAAGCCUAUGAAGAGCAGCAUCCAUAUAGACCAUCUCCCAGGCCGAUUGCAGGUACGGGUCCUCUGGCACUGUCUCCGGAGGCCCAUCAUGAUGCCUACUAUACACAGCCGUACGAGCCCGCAGCCACUCCCCCAGACGACUACGACCGGCCGCAUCAGGGCUAUCCUCCCAGACAGUACGACGACCAUGUGCCUAUACUGCACCAUGAACCCUCAUACACACCGAGCAACUACGAUCUCUCGCAUACCCCUCACCCGGUGGACACAGAUGGCUACACAGACGACCCUAACAUGGCCCUGAACGUGGCUCCCACGCCCAGUCCGGCGCCCAUCAGACGGUGGAAGACUGUUCGAGAAGUCCAGCUUUUCAACGGCAAUCUUGUUCUCGACUGUCCCAUUCCACCAAAGCUUCUGAGCCAGAUAAACCAUGCCGAACCCCCGGAGAGAGACGAGUUCACUCAUAUGCGCUACUCGGCUGCAACCUGUGACCCGGCAGACUUCUACCAGGAACGGUUCACACUGCGGCAGCGGCUGUUUGCCAAACCACGACACACCGAAUUGUUCAUUGUUGUCACUAUGUACAAUGAAGACGAGUUCCUCUUCGCCCGAACUAUGGCCGGUGUCUUCAAGAACAUCGAGUACAUGUGCUCGCGCACCAGCAGCAAGACAUGGGGUAAAGAAGCCUGGAAGAAGAUUGUCGUUUGUAUUGUCUCAGACGGUCGUGCAAAGAUAAACCCACGUACAAGAGCUGUCCUUGCCGGUCUAGGUGUUUACCAAGAUGGCAUUGCUAAGCAGCAGGUUAACGGUAAAGACGUCACUGCUCACAUCUACGAAUAUACCACCCAGAUAGGCAUGGAGGUCAAGGGCACCCAGGUUAUCCUCAAGCCGCGGCCAGGAAUGCCAGUCCAGCUUCUCUUCUGUCUUAAAGAGAAGAAUCAGAAAAAGAUCAACUCUCACAGAUGGUUCUUCCAAGCCUUUGGCCGUGUCCUCGACCCCAAUAUCUGUGUUCUCCUCGAUGCUGGAACAAAACCAGGCGGGCGAAGUAUAUACCAGCUCUGGCGUGCUUUUGACCUCGAACCCAUGUGCGGCGGUGCCUGCGGUGAAAUCAAGGUCAUGUUAUCACACGGCAAGAAACUGUUCAACCCGCUCGUUGCUGGCCAAAACUUCGAGUACAAGAUGUCCAAUAUUCUCGAUAAGCCACUCGAGUCUGCCUUUGGUUUUAUUUCCGUCCUUCCCGGUGCCUUCUCUGCGUACCGGUAUGUUGCGUUACAGAAUGACAAGAACGGUCAGGGACCACUGGAGAAAUACUUUGCCGGUGAGAAGAUGCAUGGCGCCAAUGCAGGCGUCUUCACUGCAAACAUGUACCUCGCCGAAGACCGAAUAUUAUGUUUCGAGCUCGUCACCAAGCGUAACUGCCAGUGGAUCCUGCAGUACGUCAAGAGUGCCACUGGUGAGACUGAUGUGCCGGAUCGUAUGCCCGAGUUCAUUCUGCAACGAAGACGUUGGCUUAACGGCAGUUUCUUUGCUGCUGUGUAUGCCAUCCUGCACUUCUACCAGGUCGGCAGGAGUAAUCACUCUUUCACCCGCAAACUCAUGCUCAUCAUUGAGUUCAUAUACCAAACCAUCAACCUUUUGUUCGCUUGGUUCGCAAUCGGCAAUUUCUUCCUGGUCUUCCGCAUCCUUACUGCUUCUCUAGGUACCGCCGACCUCCUCGGUAAAGCAGGCAGUAUCCUUGGUGUUGUCUUCGAAUGGCUCUAUCUCGCUACGCUUGUGACAUGCUUCGUCCUUGCGCUGGGUAAUAGACCGCAGGGAUCAAACAAGUUCUACAUGACCAUGGUCGGUUUCUGGUGCAUGAUCAUGAUAUACCUCACCUUUGCAGCCAUUUUCGUCACCGUCAAGUCAAUACAGAACGAGGCUCGUGAAGGGAAAUUCACCUUUGCUACCCUGUUCCAGAACCUACAGUUCUUCUCCAUCUUCGUCUCUUUGCUGACUACCUAUGUCUUUUGGUUCUUGGCCUCCAUCCUCUUCUUCGAUCCAUGGCACAUGUUCACUUGCGUAAGUCUCUUGCCCCCACCUUUACUGCAGAUUGGAAACUCGACUAAUAGAAAUUAGUUUCUACAAUAUCUCCUCCUCACGCCGACAUAUAUCAAUGUCCUCAACAUCUACGCCUUCUGUAACACCCAUGACAUUACAUGGGGAACCAAAGGAGACGAUAAACCUGAAAAACUGCCUUCAGCCCAUCUUAAACCAGGUGGCAAAGUCGAUGUUGAAAUCCCGCAGGAUGACGGAGAUCUUAACGCCCAGUAUGAAGCUGAGCUCGCGAAGUUCGCCAGCAAGCCGCCCAAGGAGAAGCGUGUUGUCUCUGAGUCCGAGAAGCAAGAGGACUACUACAAGGGUUUCAGAAGUGCCGUCGUCCUCGCUUGGAUCUUCUGUAACUUUGCCCUUGGAGCCGUGGUUUUGAGUGCUGCCGGCCUGGAGAGAGUCGACUCAAAUAGCCAAAGUAACUCUCAGAAGAGGAGCAUUAUCUACAUGGCCGUUGUAUUAUGGAGUGUUGCAGGCCUGUCCCUGUUCAGAUUCGUCGGUGCAAUGUGGUUUUUGGUCGUUAGAAUGUUCCGCGGAGUAUAGACAUAGACUAUCUCCUUUUUACUUGACUUCUAUUCCUCUUUGUAUAUUUUCCUCCACUUCCCACCGAUGUAUGCCAGGUGGUAUGUUAACGGCUUGAUGUACUCGUCUAUACCCACGCCUGAUGAUAUACGUAAGAAACGUAAUUCUGCAUUUUCCCUGUUCCGUUUCCUAUCUUCUGUCUCAUCAUUUUAUGCCCCUUGUUUUGCGGGAACGCAUGUAUAUAAGUGCAUGUAUGUAUGGAUAUGGAUAUGG